AUGGCGGGAGCGGCGCUGGGCGCGGGGCCGGGCGCGCUGCUGCUGGCGGGGCUGUGGGCGCUGGCGCUGCUGCUCUGCCUGCUGCUCGCACGCGCCUCCGGGGCCGCGCGGUUGGCCGCGCUGCUCGUGCCGCUGUGCGCCGCGCUGCUGAGCGCCGCGCUGCUGCUGCUCCCGCGGGACGACGGCGGUGCGGGGCCGCCCGCGGGCCCCCAGAUCGUGGACACCUUCCUGGUGGGCCGCCUGGUGCUGCUGGCCGUCAUGGCCCUGCUGCUGCUGGGCUGCGCGCUGCUGCUGGGGAUGCACCUCCUGGAGCCGACACACGCCAAGGCGCUGCGCUGCUGGAGGUGAGGCUGUGCCACGGAGCCGCUUCUGCAGGGAUUCCGGCGGCUGUGGGACUGAGCGGCCUCACGGAGCCCCUUCUGUCAGCGGAAAUGGGACGAGCGGGAGGUGGAGCGCUGGCUGUUGGUUGGCUCAGUGAUCCGAGGGGCCUCUUCCAGCCGAUCCUGUUGUCCCUCUGAGCCCACCUGUCUCAGGCUCAGCCUGAGGCCUCGGUUGGUUUGAGUUAAUACUUUAUCUCCUUUUUUUGUCCUUUUUUUAUUGUUCAAGGGAACGGAGGGAGGGUGGUUUCUUCACUUUGUUUUAUUUCAGCAGCAUGGAGGGAAAGUCCCCGAGAAUGGAUCCCGUUUUCGUGGCAGUAAACCGGGUGACCGAGUUGGGGCGUUGAUUGUUGGAUUUUUUAAAUUCUUUUUUAACAUUAAUAAAACUUUUGGAGGAAGCCCUGGCCCAGUCUUUGUCUGUUUUCCAGGAAUAGGAGUUUUGCACAUUUUGGUGUUACUGAAAGCUGCCCUUUCUGUGCUUUUUGGGAGGUUCCCCCUUUUCAGGUGUGGGGGCCUUGGAUGCUCCCUGUGCUCUGCUCCCAGUUAUGCAGCGCCAGCGUUGGCUCUCUGGGAGGUUCUGAAGUUGAGCCUGAAACAGAAUUUGUAUUUGAUUCUUCAUCUUAAUAACAGUGACAGCAGUGAGCAGUUCCCAAAGCCUCACUGCUGGCGUCGUGUCUCACAAAUAGGGAAGCUGUGGCAAAGCAGCUGAAGCACUAAAAAAAAGCUUUAAAAGCAGAAGUAUGAGGCUUCUCCCUGGAAAUACACCCAGAAUGUUUGCUUUGUGCUCCCAUUAGUCACCUGUUUGUAACUGAAAUUAAUCAUUCGGCACCUCCUGGGGUGCACUUGGGGGACCAUUAAGACAGACCCCAUCCUUGCCUUGUGCCCCCUCUGGGGGUGCUCCGAUGGCCAUGGGCUCUCUGCAGUGUUAUUCAUGCUGGGUGCAGCACUGCAGCUUGGCUCCCCCCACACAGGGCCUUUCCAGACUGUUCCUGUUUAUUUUUGGGGAAGGAAGGAGUACGUCAAGGAAUCACUGUGUGCCAGAGCUGCUUUCCAAGCUUUUGCUGCUGUCUCCCACCCGAACCAAAAAUGAUCAUCGUAGUGGUCUUUUCCAUCCCUUACAAUUCUGUGGUCCUCCAUUGCUGGUCAGAUGCUGGGAAUUCAGGUGAAUGUCAUAACCCAGUAUUUUCCUGCUGCCAGCUCUCCUCCUGCAGAUGAUCCACAUCCCAUCCGGGAGGAUCAUGCUAAAUCCCAGCAAGAGAAUCCCCACACCAGGACUGCUGGCAGCAGGCUGAAAGCUGCUGCUCGUGGGCUGCUGGGCUGACAGCCCUCCCUGCACCAACCUCUGCCCGCUCAUUAGGAAGGAGUGGGCUGCUUGGCCGCUGGGAUUCUGGUGCCCAGCGCAGGAGAAUCUCCUGCUCCUGAUUUAAGGUCUGUGAGUGACGGCAAUUCCUCACGCCUCGUGCUGCGCUCUGCUGGCGUUUAAUUACUCUCGCUGGCACAGAACUGGCCUCUGAUUUCCACCUUGACUUUGCUGACUUCAGCUUCCCGCUGUUGAGUCCCGCUUUGCCUUUGGCUGCUAAUUAAAAAGCCCUUCAGUGCCCGCCGGCUGCUCCUUGCGCGGGUAAUUACGGCCCGUGCCCGAACCACCUCCUCACCUCUGCAGAGCCAGCACUGCUCCAAAGGCAGCACGGCCCUUCCUGGCACGGCUCAGAGAGCAGCACUGCAGGGUCAUGGAUGGAUGAGCACACAGGGACGGCUGCUAGAGGGGAAAUCGGUGCUGGCCCCCACAGCUUUGUGUGCCCUAAAAUCCCGAUUUUCCCAGGUAGAGGAUUGUGAGCUUUUUAAUGCAUGGGUGCUGUGAUGGACCCAGGGAUGCAGCCCUCCUGCUGGUCUCUGAAGUCCCGGUGAGAUGUGUGACUCCUGGCGUUGGGCUCUGGUGCUCCCAGACUGCAGCCAGGGCUGCUCACAUUUUCCAAGGCCAGCUGCAGCAGAAGGCGGCUUCAGUUCAUCCUGGAAAAACUGUGAGCUGAGGCAACAAAGGGCAGAAAGUGGAAAAAAAAAAAAAAAAAAAAAAGGAAGAAAGGAAAAAUGCCUUUGGUUUUGCAAUAAGCCCGUGUGCGUGUGUGUCACGUCUGUGGGAUUUUUGCUUUAGGUGUGUAUUUCAGCCUUCCCCAUCCUCCUAUUGCAAUUAAGGCUAAGCUCGGUCUCACAUGUACCCAGACAACUCAGAGUUGGACUCAGUGAUCCUUCAAGUCAGGAUAUUCUGUGAUUCUAACUGUUCUCAGCCCAUCUUGGUGAUACUGUGCUGGCAAACUGGCAAUUUGCUUCUCUCUGUGUGCCCCAUCACUUCUCCUCUCUUUCCUCCCCAGUUUGCUGGGUGCACAGCAGUGGCCAUCGCUUUCCAAAUCCAUCCAUCGCUGCACGGGGACACACUGCACGCUGCUCCACUGCCCCACAGGACCUUGUUUUUCUUCUUUUCUCCCCUCUUUUCCUCUCUGGUGAUGGAAUCAGCACAUAAUAAAACACGGGGCCCAGAUGUGCUCUCUUUGGGCCAGGAUCCACGUGCCCCAAUCCAUGUCACCCCUCAUACUAAGCCCCCCAAGCGCACAGCUGGCUGCACAGCUGGCAUCACGCUAAUUAGGUGGCCCUCCUGCUCCACUCCUCUAAUUAGGAGAUGGCUAACGAAGGCCAUCAGCCUCCUGCACUGAAGCGAGGAGAGCACACAUGCUGAUCUGCUCAUCAGGACCUGUCUCCUGUUCUUGAUGCUGAGUGGUACUGGGGGAAAGCGGGGUGAACGGAGUGGCGAGGAGCAGCAGCAUCUGCACUGCGGCUCAGGGAGCGGCGCUCACAGGGGAGGGAUGGCCCUGCUGCUGCUGCAGCGUGCUGGGCGAUGGUCUGACGUCCCGAAGCACCGUGUGCAGGGCAGGGUGAGCCCACAGCGGGGGGCUCGCAGCACCCAGGCAGGCGUGGGCAGCACAGGCUUUGCACCUUUUUAUUAAUAAAAGAGCCGAUGGCACAGAACUGGCCCCAAAACUGUCCGCUGGCUCCUGGCCACCUCCUCCUCCCA